AUGGCGCCCAACAAAGAAGCGACUGUGGAACAUCCAGUAGUCAAACACUGCCCUGUUCUGACUGCCGGCGAGUUAUCCCCAAAGGCCGCGAUGGAGCUGGACAAUGCCUUUCAAGACUUCUUCACCGCGUGUGGCCGUUCCAAGACAAUUGCGGAAGAAGAAAAGGUACCACUCAUCUUGUCCGCCUUCAAGGACUUGCACAUCCGUGACUGGAUCGCGUCUGACCGUGAACGUCUCCUCGGUCUCACUUACGACGCGUUCAUGAAGGAACUGCGAGCGAAUUACCUGCCCACCGACUGGAUCGAGAACGUAUGCAAUGAAAUCUUGGGCAACCGCCAGCAGAAGAACGAGCCGUUUUGGGCCUGGACGCAGAAGAUGAAGGCAGUCAACAUCCUCUUACGAGGAACGACGUCUCACUUCAACGACGACCAAUUACGCCAGCAGCUCGAAGGACUGAUGGAUGCCGAACUCCGUAAAGCCGCCGCCCGAAAGGGAAUUAACGCGAAGACCACGUUAAAAGACUGGAUCGAAGCCGUUAAGAACUUGGACGAAGAGUACGCGUACGACCGGAAGAGGUACAGGGACGCCUUUGAGGAGGACCAACGCAGUUCGAAGCGUGUCGCCCUGUCAGGAAACGCAGGGAACACAGCGCCCCGAUCCUCCUCCAACAAGGCAUCCACCUCGACUGGACGUGCGCAGACCGGAGGCAAAUGGAAGAAGCUACCGAAGCUGGAGCAGUCGGAGAAAGACCUCCUCGAAGAAUACGAGGGCUGCUGGAAGUGCCGUCAAUUUUUUGCAUACCACGGCACACGCUCCUGCCCAAAUGAAUUUCCGCCCGGCAACGGGUACCACACCCUCACGCUCAGCGAUGUUCAGAAGCACCCGAAAUACAACGCCUACAUGGAAAAGAAAGGAAAAGCGAAGACAGUAGCUGCCGUCACCGACGCGAACGAGUCCGAUGACGAGGACGACGCGGUUGCAGCCACCAUGAGCUCCGCACUCGGAGACGGCACCGAUUCCGAGGUGGAGCAUGGUGACAGUGAUGUGAGUCCGCCGUUCCGUUCAAAGCACAUCGUGUGGCGAGCGACACUGACGGGCCCUCGGGCUGAAUUUCCAGUGAAAGUGUCCACCCUCAUAGACAAUGGGGCGCACUUGGUGCUCAUCCGCCCCGAGCUAGUAGAUUCACUUGGCCUAGAACGUCUGAAGCUUCCCGUACCCGAAACCGUCGACGUCGCUAUCAAAAGCUUGAAAGAAAAGAGGAAAAUUGAAUUAGAUGAGUUUGUAAAAAUUACUGUAACAUCACUGGAUGGUCGUUGGACAUCGCGCACUGUUCACGCCAUCAUUGCCCCGGGACUCUACCCCUUGCCACCUCACAAACCAAAGCCGUUAUCACUGAAACAAAAGCGCAGAGAGUUUGAUAAAGAGGUGGAGAAAGUCAAGUUGAUCAAGAAGACGACGCUCGCAGAAUUAUGCACGGUCAUACGAGAAAGAAUCACUGUGCCAGACGAACCUUCAGGUGAAUUGUGCGCCCACGCAGUAGCUGCGGUAAAAGAGCGAGUAGAAAUACUGGCUAACUGGGAGACGCUGCUGCAAAAGAUGCAGGAACACGAGCGUCUCCUGAAAGAGGAAUUCCUCGAUGUAUUUAAACCGAUUCCGCAUGUAGACGAACUGCCUACGGAAUUUCUCUCAGAAAUUCACUUGAAAGACGCUACGAAGAACGUCAAAAGUCGGACGUACGCCUGCCCUAGAAAAUACAAGGGAUCGUGGCAAACCUUGAUUAAACAACACUUAGACGCGGGCCGCAUCAGACCCUCUUCCUCACGCUAUGCAUCCCCUGCCUUUAUUAUCCCCAAGGCAGAUCCAACCGCGCUCCCUCGUUGGGUAAACGACUACCGUGACCUCAAUGCGAACACCGUCAAAGACAGCCAUCCUAUUCCGCGCCAGGAUGACAUCUUGGCAGAUUGCUUGAAAGGUGUGUUCUUCGCGCAGAUCGACAUGACAAACUCGUUCUUCCAGACGCCCAUGCACCCGGACCACAUACACCUGACUGCAGUAACGACCCCCUUCGGAUUGUACGAAUGGACAGUGAUGCCCAUGGGACUUCGUAACGCACCUGCAAUCCACCAACGCCGAGUCACCCAUGCACUCCGGGAAUGCAUCGGCAGGAUCUGCCACAUCUACCUUGACGACAUCGUCAUAUGGUCCCAGACCCUCGAAGAACACGUCCGCAACGUACGGGAAGUCCUGUCAGCCUUACGAGCGGCCAAGCUUUACAUCAACGAGAAGAAAUCCCAUCUAUUCUGCACGGAAAUUAACUUCUUGGGACACAAAAUCUCCGCUGCAGGAAUCGAGGCCGACGGCAAGAAGGCCGACAAAAUUGCCAACUGGCCGACCCCAAAAUCUGCCACAGAGGUCCGAGCAUUCCUCGGACUGGUACGUUACCUGUCCGCCUUCCUCCCUAAUCUGGCAGAACAUACCUUCAUCCUGAACAAGAUGACCAUGAAAGAUUGCGACAAAGACUUCCCGCCAUGGACCGAAAAAGAACAGGCCGCCUUCGACGCAAUAAAAGCGAUUGUUGUGAGUCGCGACUGCCUUACCUCAAUUGACUAUGCAAAGAUGCCAGACAACAAAAUCUUCGUGAUGACAGACGCCAGCGAAACACGGCUACCUACAGAAUCGACCAAGAGCAGCACACGAGCGGAACGAGAAGCACUGGGCCCUUGGGACGUGGACCCAGAAGACGAACUGUGUAUCGUUAUGGAACGACCGCUGACCUCGCCAUGCGACAUGGCCGAAGGACUGUGCGGGACAAGUUCGAUAUGUGCAACAAAGCUCGCAAUCAAUGCAGACAAGGACUUACUCGAUGCCAUCCGUAGCAGAUACAAGCUGGACCCGUGGACCGAAAAACUACGCUCCGCGAAGGACGGAAUGAACGGGAUCGCAGAAAAAGACGGCUUGUGGUUUCUGGCACACGACGCACUAGGCCAUUUCGGUUUUGACAAAACAUACGGCUCCCUCCGGGGAUCUUAUUACUGGCCGAACAUGCGAAAAGACCUGGAGGAGGCAUACGUACCUGGUUGUGCCGACUGCCAACGCAACAAGAACACGACAAAGAAACCGAUUGGCCCUCUGCACCCCCUACCCAUCCCGGACGCCCGUGGAGAUUCGGUGGCUAUCGACUUCAUUGGACCCCUGCCUGAAGAUGACGGUAAAAACUGUAUUAUCUCCUUUACUGAUAGACUAGGGUCGGAUGAACCUGCAGAUGCUUCAGCCGAGGAGAAGAACGCCUGGGAUCUAAUCCGAAAGCUGGAAACAGACACUUGGGAAGCCCAGGACAACCUCCUGAAGGCUAAGAUCUCCCAGUCAUUUUUUGCAAACAAAAACCGUCAACUGACCUUCCCUUUUAAGGUCGGAGAUAGAGUCGUGCUUUCGACGGUGCACCGCCGGCAGGAAUACAAAGCACCAGGGAAGAAACGCGUAGCAAAAUUUAUGCCUCGUUACGACGGACCAUACAGGAUUACGGACGUCGAUGAGGACCAUUCAACCGUGACACUCAACCUCCCAAACUCACCAAAUAUGUUCCCGGUAUUCCAUACAUCUCAAGUCAAACCUUUUACGGAAAACGACGCCACACUGUUCCCGUCUCGGGAGUUCGAAAAGCCUCUGCCAAUCGUUACCGAGAAUGGUGAAGAAUAUUACAUCCGAGACAUAAUCGACGAACGAUGGCACGGACGCGGUUGGCAAUACAAAGUCCGCUGGGAAGGCUAUGCACCGGAAGACAAGACGUGGCUACCAAGAUGA